CGGCGGUGCAUCCCCAUCCCCCACACACGGUGGCCGUCUCUCCGUGUGAAAGCUGUCUUCCCUCCAGUGCUACUGGCCCGACAAAAAAAAAAAAAAAAAACGUUGCCGUAGCAGAGCCAGUCAGUCCGCCGCACCGAUCCGAAGCCGAGCAGACCCACGGGAGAGCGAAAGAAAUACGCGCGGAGAGAAUCUUUCACUGUUCCACCGAGUGGUUUUGAUUUGCAUAUCCACUUCCACUCCUUCCUCAUUUGCAUACAGCAAGAAUGGCGAGCGGGCAUCCCACAGACAAAUUCAGUUUCAUGUACCAACCAGACACGCACAAGAGUAAAAGCAGGUUAUCUUCAGCCAUGAAUCCCGUCUACAGUCCUGUUCAGCCUGGCACUCCUUAUGGAAACCCCAAGAACAUGGCCUUCACAGCCUAUCCAGGAGGCUAUCCGGCCACAGCUCCCACCUACACCCCCAACCUGUAUCAAACAGGCAGUCCUGGGUAUCCACCAGGAUAUACCCAAGCGGGAACCCCGUACAAAGUGCCCCCCACUCAGUCAAACGGAGCCCCUCCUCCCUACACCCCCACUCCCACCCCGUACCCCACAGCUAUGUACCCCAUCCGCAGUGCCUACCCCCAGCAGAACCUUUACGCACAGGGAGCGUACUACACCCAGCCGGUGUACGCAGCUCAGCCACACGUGAUCCAUCACACCACGGUGGUGCAGCCCAACAGCAUCCCCUCCACAGCCCUCUACCCCGCCCCGGUCCCCGUCCCCGCCCCACGCAACAACGGCAUGCCCACCAUGGGGAUGGUAGCCGGGACGACCAUGGCCAUGAGCGCGGGUAGGACAGAUAUUCACCCCAGACUGUGGACUCUGCUGACAACGCCCCAGCACGCACCCAUCGGAGCACACCCGGUUACCGUGCCGACCUACCGGCCCCAAGGCACGCCCGGCUACAGCUACGUACCGCCUCACUGGUAGAGCCCACCCAUCAUGUCUGGAUUCCACCAUCGUAUGCAACUGCUCAAACGUUACACGAGCUCCCAGCGGUAACCACGAGAACUCGGCACCUGUCUGCAAGAACAAAACUAAAGUGCAACAGCCACUUUACUAUUAUUAUUAUUAUUAUUAUUAUUAUUAUUACGCGACAUUCUCUGAUGUUUUUACAAAGGCUGCUUUUAUUUCUUUCUAAUUUUUUUUUUUUUUUUCUGCUUUCUUCGGUUUAUUUGCCAACCAGUCAUUACUUCCUUAUUUUGUUCUCUCUUGAUUGUUUAGUUCAGAUUCAACUCUUUUUUUUUUCUGUUUUUCUGUUUUGCCGUGUCUGUUUUUGGAAGUCCAGAAAGGACUCUGGGCCAAAUCACAGGCGUCGCUUCGGUCGCUCCCGUUUCUGUGUUGUGCUGGUGUGUGUGUGGUCCCCGCCUGCUGCUGCUGCUGCUGCUGCUCGGUUCGCUGGAAAAUAUUGGGCAUCAUCCUCAUCAUCAUCAUCAAAGACUAUUGACUAAUGCUGCCAAAUUUUCUAACGACUAGAUAUGAGCACAGGGUUUUAACAUCAUCAGAUAAUUGUUUUACUAU